AUGGUCAACUCGUGUUGUGGCUCUGUCUGUUCUGAGCAGAGCUGUGGCCAAGGUUGCUGCCAACCCAGCUGCUGCCAGACCACCUGCUACAGGACUACCUGCUGCCAACCCAGGUGCUGUGUGUCCAGCUGCUUCAGGCCCUGCUGCCAGUCUGUGUGCUGCCAGCCUUCCUGCCGUCCCAGCUGAUGCCAGACCACCUGCUGCAGGACCACCUGCUGUCGCCCCAGCUGCUGCAUUUCUAGCUGCUGCAGGCCUUGCUUUUGCCAACCAAGCUGCUGCUGCCCCAGCUGUUGUGUGUCCAGCUGCUGUAGGCCCCAGUGCUGCGUCUCCUGCUGCUGCCAUCCCAUCUGCUGCCAGACCACCUGCUGCCAUCCCAGCUGCUGUGUGUCCAGCUGCUGCAGGCCCUCCUGCCAGUCUGUGUGCUGCCAGCCCUGCAGCCACCCCACCUGCUGCAGUGGUUCUUGCUGCUGA